UAAAUACAAGUCGUAAAAAUUGUAAGAAAGACUCGGUAGAGGAGCGUUCAUUGGCAUUGGUAAAGGGGAAUGAGCAAAUCAUCAUCAGUUUAAAGAAGCAGAGCACAGCAUUGGUUGUAAUGGUUGCAUCAAAUAAGCACAGUCUGUUGCAUUACGAGGAUCUGACGCUCCCUUCGUUUCAGGUCAUAGUGAUGACUGCAAACAUGGUCUGUGCUCAAUGUCGAAAGAAAGUCUCCCAAGUUAUAUCUAAAAUGACUGGAUUGAGAGAGUACACAGUAGAUGUAAGCAAUAAGCAAGUGAUUGUGAAGGCAGAUUUUGGGUUUCGUUGGAAUGUGAAAGACCAUCUUUCCAAGAGUGAGAAGAGAAAGGAUUGGCGUUCACUGCAGCUAUUCAAAUCUUGUUUCGGCCCAAUUUGUUAUAGUAGUAAACAAGUAGUAGCCGAUUGAGGCUGUCAAGCUAAAAUUCUUUUUAUGUUGUCACGUGUUUGGGGACUGAGCAUUAUUGUAUGAUCAAUGUUUAAGGUACA